AUGGUUCAGUCCGAGAUGCCCCCGAAGAGUACACAAGACAACAUGGUGCCCGAGGCAAAAGGAAUCAAGUACGACGAAUGCGAGAUGGCACUCUUCCGCGCCAAAUUAUCGUAUCAUGCCACGAUUGACGAACGAAUGGCCUCACAGAACUCAAACCUGACUUCGAUCGCAGAAGCCCAGGCUCGAAUCCUCAAGGGAUGGGAAAUACAGAUGCAGGGCACAAAGGAUUUAGCUGGCAAGAAUGAAGGUCGCUCUGCAACCGACAAGAGAGCAAUGGCACAGUACGAGUGGAGAUAUACAGCCCUGGAGAAUGCUGCGACGAAGACGACUGGGAAGGGAUAG